UUUUUUCUUUGGCCUGAAAUUACUUGGCUCCUUCAUUAACAGUCUAUAGAACUGAGGUCAGGGACCUCUUGAUUGCACAUAUAUCUAUGCAUAGGAUUUAUUAUUUUAUAUUUGACAAUGAUCAUUUUUGUACAUUUUGAUGCAGAUAUGCAUGUAAUUAUGAUUGAUAAAGUACAGUAUUUCAUACUGGCAAAAUCUGAAUUUGAUAAUUUGGCUAAGAAUUGUUUAGCAUAAGCACUAGUAUAAGGCAAGCCACCAGCUUUGUAACCUGGUAAAACAGGAGCUGGUGAAUUUUUUUUACAGAACUGUGCUGCACUCUCCAAAAUGCUUCGUUGACAUAAACUAAAAGCCUUCUGAACACGACCACGAUGAUGACUUCCAGCCACCAGCACCAAGCUUUGAAGAUAUUCUCACUGCUGCCAUUGCAGAUGUUGGUACAUUACGCUACUUCACCCGGCCUGCCAGAAGAUCAAGACUUCAAAAACAGAAACCUGGACCCAAACCAAAAGUAGUCAGGUUGAAGUUUUACCUUUUGCCAGAUGGUUGUGAGCUGCCAAAGUUCUCCAAGCAAUUGGCUAUGGUUUUCCGCCUGCAUACUACCACGAUGGCAAAGGAAAAGCACAUCCGUUUUCAGUAGACCUAGCAGAAGCAGACUUCAAAGAGAACAUCCGUUCUCUUUAUGCCAGACUUACUGGAAAAGACUUCAGCCUGUUCACCAACACCCAGAGUCGUAACCUUGUAGCUGCCCCAUUUAGCCCUACAUAUUUUAAGACUAAAGUACCAGGGAACAGUUGUUAUCAAGAUACAGGAUCACCCGCAAGAGAAUACAGAUAAUGAGCAACUAGUCGCUCUGCCAGCUGAAAAUUCAACAACCCAUCCAGUGUCCCAUGUCAUUCCAACACCAGCUGUUAUAAGACCAGUUGUGUUGAGACCUGCACCAGCUGCUAUACAACCAGUUGUGACAACACCUGCACCAACAGUACAACCAACCAUGACAACUUCACAUGCAACACCUGUGCAACAACAGAUAGUUUCUCAUCCUCAGCCAGUAACACACCCUACAUCAACUCCACAGAGUUCUACACUCCCACAGACUACAACAACUCCACAACCAGCUGCAUGGAUCCCAACGGGCACUCCAGUUAUUGACAUCAAUCCAAGGCAUCGACUCAUCAUGGAGCAGGAGUUUGACUUUGCAGUAUCCCUCGCAGCUGAUCAGGACAGGGAAGCUGCACGCCAGACAGCUAGGGUACGUCGCAACCUUGCACGAACAGAACGCCAAAGGUUACGAGACCAACGUAAAGAGGAGCAGAAAACGAUGCAGACAAAUGCUGUAGAGGAGAUAGCCAAUUCCAGACAUAACACAGCACCAGAAGACAUGCUAUCAGUAAUUUUGGUUCUACCAGAUCAACAAGAGCUUAACAAGACAUUCUCCAAGGACACAUUAUCAGAGACUCUUCAUUUGUAUAUUGAGGGAGUAACAGAUGUGGUUAUGGCUAAACUUGUAUACUGUGGUCAAGUUAUCCCAAGACGACGAGAGACCUUAUCUGCUCUGGGCAUCACAGGGAACUGUCGCAUCAUCAUUGAAGAAGCAGACUUUGAGGAUUCAUCUGAUGAAAGAGAGUCUGAAGAAGAGCAAUCUCCAGAACCAAAGCAGUUACUUCACAUUACAGAUAUUUCAGACCUGGAGAGACGUCAGUCUAGAGUCUUUGACAGCCUAUUACCAGCAGUUGACAUCACAGUAGACAGAGACAACAUAGUUGAUGAUGUUCUGACCCUCUACAGAAGCAAACCAGACAUUAUCCACCACAGGCUUAAUGUAACAUUCGAAGGGGAAGAAGCAGCUUUAGACGUUGAUGGCUUGACUAGGGAGAUGUUUUCCUGCUUUUUCCUAGCCAUGUUUCUAAAGAUGUUUUCUGGCCGUACACACAAGCUUCCGAUGGUUGAUACACGGACUUUGUUUAAUGACACUUUGGUAAUUGUUGGCAAAAUCAUCAGCCAUGCUUAUGUUUUGUGUAAUUAUUUACCGCCAGCUCUAUCACCAGUUGUUUAUGUAUUGGCAAGUUCGGGGUGCUGUUCUGACGAUCUGAUACUGUCCUCGUUUAUGUCCUACAUUCCAGAAACAGACCAACAGUUAGUAAACUCCCUUCUUUCGCAGCAUUUUGAUGGCAUUCAUGAAGAGCUGGUAAAUUUUAUAUCUACAUAUGGAGGUUACGAAGUGCCAAAACAAUCUGUUAUAAGACAAUCUAUUGUUGACAUUGCCAAGUUAAACAUGGUAGUUGUUCCUUUUGUGCCAAUUGCUAGAAUUAAAGUGGGAUUGGACUGUUAUCCGCUGUUGUGGAAAGGUGUUAGCGAAUCACUUAUUGUAAGUUUAUUGGACAAAUUCAAACCAACACCAGCAAAAGUUAUUAACCUGAUCAGUUACAAGUCUUCAGACAAUGCAACAAUGUCCAUGUUAGAAGAGAGGAUCAAAUCCUACUUAGAAAGAUUUAUCCGUUCGCUUUCAAAGCCACAGCUCCUGGCAUUUCUACGUUUCUGGACUUCGAGUGACACACUGUGUAUCCGUAAACUUAAUGUAGAGUUUAAUUCUACCGAAGGAAUUAACCGCAGACCAAUUGCAAAUACUUGUGAUGCAGUGCUCCAUGUGAGCCGUAUGUAUUUUUCCGCAGAGGAACUUGCUCAAGAGUUCAACCUCCACCUGAAUGACACAUCAGCAAGGGUUUUUGACUCAGUGUAGUUGUGUUUUUGACUAUUAUGUAUUAUAGUGCUUUAAACUAGACAUUAUAGUAGAUUAUGGUGCUUUCUUAGUGCUGUCAUGUUUUGAAAUAUUGUGUUUGUAUGUGUUUCUUUGUAAAAAGUGUGACUCUCCUGUAUACAUUCAUAAUGUUCAUGUAACUAAAAUUAAAAUUAAUUCAUAUAGACAAACUAGAAUUGUUUGUGAAUACAUGUAAUAAAAUUCUUUGAAAAGAUAAUUCAGAGCAAAUAUUAAAAACACUUAAUGAAUAAGUUUGGCAAAGACUGAUGUAAACCUGCAAAAAAAGUUUUUAAAAGUAAUUUCUGUCAGUAGAUUGUCAUCUAUUUUUGUAAUUCCAUCUGACAAGUUCAGUAUUGACAUUAUUUAUGUAAAUAGACUUUUCUUGAUAUUGCAAAAGAGCUUGUGAGUUCUAUGUGAUUUUAUGUUUUUAACUUAUUAAAUAUUUACCUUAUGUGUACUAUAAAAAAUAAUUGUAAUGUUUUUUUUGUGAAAGUAUAACUUAGUUUUAAGUUCAUUUACUAGUGAUAGUGUGAAUAAUAAACUGAUCAUAUUAGCUUAAAAAAUAUAUGUGGACAAGCAAGUUUUUAGAAAAAUUGUAAUAGAUGUUCACUUUUGAAAAAAUACAAUGAAAGCCAGUAUGAAAUUAUGAUCAGAUGCUCAAAUUCUAAAAAAAUAUAGUUUUUUAACAGAGAUUUUGGUCAGUAGAAAUCUUCUUCUAUUUUUGAUAUUCUUACAUUUUUAACGUAAUUUUGUUAUACUGUUGUAUCUUUACCAUGUCAUUAUGGUGUGUAAUUUAUUGAAUGAUAUCUUUAGCAUAGUUGUUGAAUAAAAAAGAACAAAAUUUAA